CACUAACAAUUUCGUCUAAGGUAAUCGCCAAACAAAUGUGGAGGACAGACAAUAACUUCUCUUUCAAUUUGACAAACAAAAAGGUCCCAGCCAACUACCAUAACCAGACUGUAACACCAACACUCUCUCUCUCUCGCUCUCUUCAAAAACAACAAAUAGCAGAAGAGAGAGAGAAGAACAAGAGGAAGAAGGUGGAGAGCACAAUAUCACGAAAAUGACCUCCAGCACCAGACCCACCUUCAACACUGACCACACAUACUCCUCCUCCUCCAAAGCCUCAUUCAAAGGGUGUUGCUGCUGUCUUUUCCUCCUCUUCUCCUUCCUUGCCCUCCUCAUCCUGGCCCUCUUCCUCGUCUUCUUCUUCGCCCUCAAACCCAAAAAACCCCAAUUCGAUCUCCAACAAGUCGGCGUCCAGUACCUCGGCAUCUCCCCCACCACCCCUACUUCCGCCUCCGUCUCGCUCACCAUUCGCCUCCUCUUCACCGCCGUCAACGAUAACAAGGUCGGAAUCAAGUACUCGGAGUCCAGAUUCACUGUCAUGUAUAGGGGGAUUCCUCUUGGGAGAGGGGUGGUGCCGGGCUUUUAUCAGGAGGCGCAUAGUGUGAGGGAGGUGGAGACCACCGUGGCCGUCGAUAGGGUAAGCUUGUUGCAGGCCGAUGCGGCGGAGCUUGUUAGGGAUGCCGAGCUCAAUGACAGGGUUGAGCUUAGGGUUUUGGGUGAUGUUGGGGCUAAGAUCCGGAUUCUCGGCUUCACUUCCCCCGCCGUCCAGGUAUCGGUGGAUUGUGCGAUAGUGAUAAGUCCAAGGAAACAGGCUCUCACUUACAAACAGUGUGGUUUUGAUGGCUUGACUGUCUAACCCAACCCACCCCUCUCUCCCUACCCCUUCAAAUAUUUCCAAAACCAUUAAUUAGUGUUUUCUUUUUCACCCCCCCUGCAAAUUUUGUUUCUCACCUGUAAAGUUGAAACUGAUGUAUGCCAUCCUGCUCCCCCUUCACUUUUCUUCUAUCUCCCAAUUUUUUAUUUAUUUAAUUGUUUUUUUUUGGUGGAGAGAUUAUGUAUUGAUAUAUUGUGUAUUGUUUUUUUAGUUUAUUAAGAUAUGAAAAUGUCUUAAAAAUAUAUAAAUUUAUUGUAGAAUUAGAUACAA